GAGAAACACAGCGCCAUGCCGAGCACAGCAGGAUCGAUGGCGUACAAGCCGUCGUCGAGGCCGAUGGGAGUCGUCGGUGUAGGAGGCGUAGGAGAGCAACAGCAGAGGCGAGCAAUGGGCGAUUCCAGUCACUACGAAGAAAUUGCUCUCAUCGGCAAUGGAGCCUACGGAACGGUGUACAAGGCGCGCGAUACGGCCAAUGAGGGUCAAAUGGUGGCGCUCAAGAAGGUGCGGGUGCCGCUGACGGAAGAGGGCGUGCCCAUGUCCACGCUCCGAGAGAUUUCCCUACUGAAGCAGAUGGAGAAAUACGAACACCCCAACAUCGUCCGGUUGUUGGAUAUUUGCCACGGCCCGCGGCUGGAGCACGAACAGCAGUUGAUCCUCUACAUGGUCUUCGAGCACGUGGAUCAGGAUCUUGCCUCAUAUCUGGAACGUUGCCCAUCACCUGGUCUCGGAGCUGAUCGCAUCAAGUACUUGAUGUACCAGAUUCUGAGCGGAGUGGAUUUCCUUCACGCCAACCGGAUCGUCCACAGAGACCUCAAGCCGCAGAACGUGCUGGUCACGGCGGCCGGUCAAGUCAAGUUGGCCGAUUUCGGCUUAGCCCGCAUCUACGACGUCCACAUGGUCCUCACUUCAGUGGUGGUGACGUUAUGGUACCGUUCGCCCGAAGUCUUGCUGACGACCAGCUACGCCACUCCAGUCGACAUUUGGUCGUGCGGAUGCAUCUUUGCCGAACUCUUCCGCCGGAAGCCGCUCUUCUGCGGACAGUCUGAAGCCGACCAGCUCUCCAAAAUCUUCGACGUGAUUGGCACGCCGUCGAUUGACGAAUGGCCCGACACGUCGCUACCGUGGAACACGUUCGCCAAUCGGCCGGCCACGUCCAUUUACAACGCCGUCUCUUCCUCUGAAUUGUGCCCGGCCGGCACGGAGCUGCUCGAACUGAUGCUGGCCUUCGAUCCGGCCAGGAGGGUGACAGCGGCCGACGCCCUUCAGCAUCGCUAUUUUCGUGACGACGGCUACACGCCCAUCACUUUCUCGCCGUCUACUUCGUCUCUGUCGAGCAGCAGUCCAGUGGCCGACUCGGCCCGCUCCGACACGCCCAUCCACAUGUCCUGCAGUAGCAACGAUGAUUCUGGUCAUUCGUCGGCCGACGGCCAGUUACCCGAACCCGACAACUGACUGGGCCCUUUUUUU